AUGAGACCUCGAGUGAUCGAUGAAGUUGUGGGACAAGAUCAUCUUCUCUCCGAAAAAUCAUUUAUUCGAUCCUCUGUAGACUGCAAUCGUCUACCUUCUAUCAUCUUUUGGGGUCCUCCCGGUACUGGUAAGACCACCUCCAUCGCCAGAGCCAUAGUUAAUUCAUGCUUCUCAUCCUACAGAUUCGUUUCUUUAUCUGCCGUAACCGCUGGAGUUAAGGACGUUGUAGAAGAAGCCAGAAAAUUGAGAAAGAUGAAGAUAACCAAAAGAACUGUUUUGUUCAUAGACGAAGUCCACAGGUUUAACAAAUCUCAACAAGAUUCCUUCUUACCAGUAAUCGAAGAUGGAACUAUAGUUUUCAUGGGAGCAACAACCGAAAACCCUUCCUUCCACUUGAUAACUCCAUUGUUAUCUCGAUGCAGGGUCCUCACGCUUAAUCCGUUGAAACCUAAUCACAUUUCAUCGCUCAUAAAGCGAGCUAUAGCUGACAAAGAUAAAGGCGUGCUCGUCGGCCUAGUCAAAGGAUUAACAUCAAUUGAAGUAGAUGAAGACGCAAUAGAGUUUCUGUCAUUAAACUGCGACGGAGAUGCCAGAGUCGCACUGAAUUCCUUGGAGAUUUCAACAACAAUGGCAUCUUCUCGUGCUAACGAAUGCAGUUCCAUAUGCAGAAUCGUUGUUGAAGAUGCAAAAGAAGCGACGCAGAGUAAGCAUCUAGCUUACGACAAAUUUGGCGAAGAACACUACAAUCUGAUAAUUUUCCUCUGUAGACUGCAUAACUCUUAA